AUGGGUAUUCAAACGCAAUCAUCUGUUAAUUCUAAUGAUGAAAAUUAUAAAGAUGUUCAAAUACCUGAAAAUUAUUUACUUUUAAUAGCUGAAGCAUUACAUAAUGGUGAUUUUAAUACAACCGGUGAUAUUAAUAGACCAAUUUUAAAAGGAAGUAUACGUUCAUUUUAUUGGAUAUUUAUUAUACAAUAUGCUGUAUUAGCUAUAUUAGGAAUAAUAUCAAAUAUAGCAAUUAUAAUAUAUACAUUAUAUUAUAAAUUAUUUAAGGAUAUAACACAUGCAUUCAUAAUUAACUUGGGUAUAUGUCAUGUUGUACAAUGUGCAAUUGUAUUACCGAUUACAUUAAUGGUUAUGUUAAUACAAAAUUGGAUAUUUGGACAAUUUUUAUGUUUUUUCUUACCAAUGUUACAAGAUAUACCACUUCAUGUUGCAAUGAUAUCACAUUUAUUAAUUGCAUGGGAUCGUAUGAGAUGGCUUGGUGAUCCAUUAAAAGGACGUCUACCAACAUUUGUUUGUUGUUGUGCAUCAUGGUUAACUGGAAUGGUUAUUGCUUUACCAUAUCCAAUUUAUACACUUUAUAUUGAAUUAGGGGAUUAUGUGCCACGAUUACAAGGAAUUGGACUUUGUGUUGUAAACCUAAUGGAUGACAUGCACGAAUAUAUGAGAGGACUUUUUGUUAUAAUGUAUUGUGGUCCAUCGAUCCUAUUGUCUUAUCUAUAUAUAAGAACAUCACAAGAAUUAAGACCACCAGAUGGUCCAUUUGCUGUUAUGAUGUUUGAACAUCGGGCUGAAUUAAGAAGUCGACAAAGAAACUCAUCGAUGACAUCUGGUGGACGUCCUAGAGCUGAUUCAAAUCGUUCAUACGAUUUAUAUAGUGCUGAAUUAGAUGUUUCAUGUGAAAAACGUACUCAACGUAUAUUGGGAUCAAUGGCAGCAACACAAGUUUUAUGCGUUUGUCCACUUAUGAUUUUAAAAUUAGCACGUAUGGUUGUUGUUGAAACUUAUGAGAAUAGUAAACAUUUUGAUUUUACGUAUUUAAUGUUUGUAUGGAUAGCAUUCUUACCAACUGUAAUAUUUCCUUGCAUUUAUGCAUCAGAAAUUUUACCAGGCACUGAAAAAGAACGUUUACGCGGAUAUUUUCGAUUAUCCUCAAAACGUCGUUUAAAUAAAUCACAAAAUUUUCAAGAAGAUUCUUCUAUAGAACAAGAAACAACAACAACAGCUAUUGAAAUCCCAACAAUUAAUAACAAUAAUAACAACAACAAUAAGAAUCAUGCAAAAAAGGAAACUUGUAAAACAAGCGCUUUAACAGAAAAUCAUACAUUAAAUACAAUAGGACGUCAAAAGCAACAAUCAGAUAAGAUUAAAUCAACUAGUCAUAGUCAACAGGCUGAUACAUCUUUACAAUCAGUACCAUCUGUACGAGAUAAAAGAAACGCAAGACCAGCUCCCGCUAAAGAUUUGCAUAAAUCACAACAAUCAAUUAGAUCAAAAACUAAUUCCCAAAGUAAUUCUACUUCCAAUUCAACUAAAGCAACUGGCAGUGCACGUAAUGAAAAUGAAAAUUUACCUUCACCAUCAGGCGAAAGAUUAUUUCCACCAAGAAAAUCUUUGGCUACUGAUUCUUUAAAUAAUUCAUGUUCGAAUAUAACUUCAAGUACGUAUUGUAAUGUCAGUAAUAGUAUAGCCGGAUCGGCAGCAAUUCAAGAUCGUAAUGACAGUAUAAGAACUAGUGAAGGUUCUGGAAGUGGUAUAUUAAGGACAAAACGUGGUAGUACCGAUUACGAUACAGAUUCUUUGAUUAGUGGAAGUGAUACAAAAACUUCUUUGUAUGGUGGUGUAUAUGAUAGAAAAUGGAAUGGUGUAAACCCAAUUGUAGCAUCACUAUUAGCUAAAAAUCGCGAUAUGUCAUUUGAUUGUAGCAGCCAUAUUUCUUAUCGUAGUCAAGGUUCAUCAUCAACGCUAGAUCGAGAUUUGGAAAUAAUCGAUUUACUUGAAAGAGAGAGAAGCAUGGACAUACAAGAUAUGAUGGAAAGAGAAAGGCGUGGAGAAUUAGUUAGGAAUUAUAGCAUUACAUCAGAGCGUCGUCGUUUACCAGAUCUAGAAAAAAUUAAAUGUAAAUCACCGAAGAUAAUUGAAUCGACACUCCAAAAUCAAUAUUCAAUUUAUGGUAGUAAUUCAGUAGAUAGUGGUUGUAUGCCAACACCGCCAAUAAGUGCCGGUACAGCAAACAAUCAAUUCGAAUAUCCAAAUGCAACGGCAGGAUAUUUUACAAAUCAUUAUCAUCAAUUAUUACCAAGUUCUAGACGUCCAGGAAGUCGUAGAUCCAGUAAUUCUUCGAGUCGUUUUCAAUUGCCUACACCAGGUGGUGGUAGCAUUAAACGAGAUAGUUUAACAUCGAUUCAAGGAAGUGGUAUGGGUUUAAUAAGUACAAGUCCUAUAAUUCCGAUUCUAUCCAAAGAUGAAGAUAUUGUUUCAAUGAACUCAUCAAAUUUUGUAUCAGACGAUAUUUCUGAAACGGAUAUUGAUGUAAAUUGUGAUGGCGGAAUUAUUGGUAAUAGUAGUGGUAAGGUAUCUGUGAUAGAAAGAACCAAUAGUAAUGGUAAUAAAUUAAAUAAACCAAGAGCACAUAUUCAACGAAGUAUUACACCAUCCUCGUCCAUUAGAAGUUCAUCAAUAAAAUCAAAUCGUCUUAUAAGAAAUAGUAUUCAAAAUUCAAGUACACCAAUUGGGACAUCAUCAACAACAACGUCAACAACAACAUCUGUGAAGGUACCAUCAACAAUAUCUGGUCAAAGUCAUUACGAUAGUAGUGAUAUUGUUGAUAAAUUUGAUAGAAAACCUUUUCGUUCGGCUAUUAGUGAAACUAAUUCAAAAUUAGUAAAUCCAAUAAGGCCACCAUUGAAUUUUGAACAAAAUAUUUAUGCUCAAUUGUAA